AUGACGACUUAUGACAGUGACUCUUCCGGUGCGGAAGACAACUUUACCGAAACAAAUGUCCUUCUAGGUUACGCCACCAAAGAUGAGACGGACGACAAUGUGAGCCAUCUUGGCGGACACCCAGAAUGGCUCGAUUCGAAGACUGCCCCAACUGGCGCGCUCGCUAGAUGCAAAACUUGCAACUCCUACCUUUCUCUUCUCCUCCAGCUCAAUGGGGACAUGCCAGGCACUUUUCCCGGUCACGAAAGACGUCUGUAUGUAUGGAGCUGUCGUAAAAAGACCUGUAGAAGGAAAGAUGGAAGCAUAAGAGCCUUUCGAGCUAUUCGUGUCAGCAAAGAAGCCAUGGCGAGAGCCCAAACAGCAAAGGCGGUUCCGGUGGCAGCGUCAGAGUCCAAGAAACAACAGAUGAACUUGGGAGAAUCUCUCUUUGGCGCAAAGCCACUCACAGGAGGGGGCGCAAAUCCCUUCUCGGCAUCAUCCGGAUCGAGUGUACCGCCAAACCCUUUUGCCUCUUCUCAUACAUCGAAUCCCUUUGCAGCAACGUCUUUACUCGCCGCGAAACCUCCUCAACCACCAACCCUACAGCUUUCUAACCUCACCGAUUCAUUCGCUGACAAACUUCGCAUCUCCUCCCCACCGCACGCCAUACGCCAGCCGGCGCGACCCCAUGAACCAUGGCCCUCAGAAUCUUCCUUCCCAGAUCCAUACCCAAUCUACAAUCUCGAUGCAGACUAUGAAACCCUAGAUGCUGAAGCCCCCAUGCCCCCUCAAAAUGUGCGCAUGCAAUUGGACGUCGACGGCGAAUUUUCUAAUUCUGCGAAAGAUAUGAAAGGCGAAUACGAGUCUGAGAUUGAUAAGACAUUCCAAAAAUUUGCGGACCGGCUGAGUCAGAACCCGGAGCAGGUGUUGCGUUAUGAGUUCAAAGGGCAGCCAUUACUGUAUAGUAAGCUCGAUGCGGUCGGAAAGGCACUAGGGGAUGGAAGGAGCGGUAAUGCGGGCAUGACGAGGUGUGGAAACUGUGGGGCGGAGAGGGUGUUUGAGGUCCAACUAACGCCACAUGCGAUCAUGGAACUAGAGGCAGAAGAGGAGGGGCUUGAGGGAAUGGAGUGGGGCACUGUGAUUGUCGGGGUGUGUAGGUUGGAUUGCCAGCCUGGAGAUGUAGGUGCUGGAGAAGUUGGCUAUCUUGAGGAGUGGGCUGGUGUACAGUGGGAGCAGACCAGAAAGUAA